CUCAAACUCUCAUCACGUCCUCGAGUGCGGGUGCCACCCAUGUCUUUCGUUGCCGACCUGGAUGAGUCUCCCGCUUGGGGUCCGGAGCCUGCUGGAGAGGACAUUGUUACUUCUGCUAUCAAGAAAGAGAAGGUACUGAAAGAAAUUGUAGCUUCUCAAGAGGACCUGCGAUUGCUGCUGAACCGCGUUCAGACGUUGCAGAAGGAGGUCGAGAAGCUGUCAGGCGGCAACGAGACUCUCCAGAUGUACAUCGACAACUUAACGAAGCAGAUGGCAAGGAAGCGAUGAGCAAUAUCAACCGAAUAAAGCAUCCUAGUUGAUCUUGCAUGCGCCUGUGUCUUAGGAAGGACUCUGAAAGUAUGGCUGGGAAGUUCAACACUC